AUGCAGGUGAACGGGUUGUAUGAAGCGUCUGGCCUGGUGCUGUGGCUGCGGACUGGAGUGUACAGCGCAGGCAUCUCCAGAGACAUCAGCCCUGGCGAUGUUGCAUUUAGCGCCCUGCGGAAGUUCGAGGCAGAUUACUUCAGCAAAGAUGUCGCCCUCAACGCGUUCAUUACCCGAGGUCCCAAAAAGCAGCGCCAGCAGAAGCCAAGGCUCAUUUGGCCCAUCACCAUGGUGUGUGGCGUUGAAGCUAGCAGCGAUAUUGAAAAUCGAAUGCAUUUCGACUCAUGUUUGAACACUGCCGGGAACCAUGCAUCGGAAUGCCUGAAGUCCAUCAAGGAUGCAGCUUUAUCAGCUACUUUCAUAGACUUCGCCCACCUUGUCAAAUUGCUUAACAUCCAGCAGGUCUCUGAUGGCACCCACCACAAGCUGCGCUUCAACAAUGCCUCAUACAAUGCUUCCAUGCACCGAGCAGCGAUGGGCAUCCUUACCUUGAUCAAUGACGGCCCUGAAUUUGAAGCGUCCAUGAGAAAACUUGAGCUGGCUUAUGGUCGCGAUUUGCUGUCGAAUGCUUACUCGAAGCUCAAUCGUUUGCAACAAAUUGCAAAAGGAGCUGCCACAGCUGCCCAAGCGUCACCCAGUGGUACUGCACAAAAUUCUGGCAAAGUUGCAGGUUAG